AAUAAGGUGGGCUUGCCCGAAGUUUGACACACAAGACUUGACCUGAAAGUAGGCCUAAUUACAGCUGACGUGAAACUUAUAAAUACCACCUGGAUAUAAUUUCCUUUUACUUUAACCAGAAAGGAUGUAUCGAAACUUUGGGAAUCAAGGGAGAGGAGAACCUGUCUACAGCAGCAGCAGCUCUGUAUCACUGGGAAGCACAUCAAAUACACAGGAGCAGAAAUUCACAAUGGCUGGCAGCAGUCAGUUUGUUCCAAGCCUGAAUGCUAUUACAACCAAUGAGAACCUUCAGUGGCUAGUCCAGCCAUCCCUGUUGCAUUCAGCAGGACCUUCCCGUUCUCCAGUGCCUCCUUACCCAUCCCUGUCCGGGGUGCGGCCUCUGGGGCCUGUACCAUCACAGUCUCACCAUUUGAGGCCAGGCGUCAUACGAGCAGCAGCAAACCCCACAUCCACAAGGCGUAGGAAUGAUGAACAUCUCUCCCAUGAGGAGUUGGAGAGACGCAGAGUAAGAAGAGAAAGGAAUAAGCUGGCCGCUGCAAAAUGUCGCAACCGUCGUAGAGAACUGACAGACUCACUGCAAAAUGAGACUGACCAACUGGAAGAUGAAAAAUCUCGUUUACAAAAGGAAAUAGCUGACUUACAAAAGGAAAAAGAAAAACUUGAGCUGGUUCUGGAGGCUCACCGUCCAAUUUGUAAAAUAGAAGAAUCGGAUUCCGAUUCUGAGCCACACCCAUCACUUUCCAGUUUGGAGGGCAUCAAGGUGGAGCCAAAUGAUGACAAUAGACCUGGACCUUCCUCAAAGCCAGCAGUCAAGGCAGAGAAACCCAAACCAAAGAUAACCAUCCCACCCAAACCAAUUUCAUCUACUGUGGUCUCUGAGUCGGAGUCUCUCCACACUCCAGUCCUGAUUUCCACUCCAUCUCUCACUCCCAUCACAUAUGGCAUGGUUUUCACCUAUCCAUCAAGUGCAUUAGAUACCGGUGCAAGCUCUAGCUCCUCCCAUGGCACAUCACACGCAUAUCCACCAAGCUCCAGUGCUCAGUCAUGUGGGAUUGCUCAUCGUCGCAGCAGCAGUAGUGGUGACCAGUCAGACCAGUCACUGCACUCCCCAACUAUUCUCACACUUUGAUAAAAAUAAAUAAAUAAGCAAACAGAAAGAUAUAUAAAAAUAUAGCACCAUUGACAACACUAAUGAUCAGUCCUUUUAAAAUGUGCUUUCUGAGAACAGAUUAUCGUAAAAGCAUUUCAGUAAGAUUCACAGUAACUAUUUCAACUCAGAAAUGUAAUACUGUGCUAGUAUUUUUUUAAAUAUAUUUGUUACACUCUAGAUUUGUACUAUUUUUAAAUAUGAUGCAUGAAGUCACUUUUUUUGAAAUUUAUUACAGAAUUUAAGGGAUGUAAAGCUGCAGUUAAUGACAAUGACAUGGUUAUUGUAGAUGUGUUACUGAAUAACAGUGUCAAUGACUACAACACUCAGUGUGCCUUCUAAUGUGUAGGUCUGUGUUUUGUUUUAUUACAAUUAUAUGUCCAAUUGACUGACCACUAAGGCUGGACCAUAGAUGACAAAUGGAUUCUGUAACAAUAUUUAUUUUUCAAAGUGUAAUAUAUUUUUGAUAAAGUCUUUUCUGGUAGAUGAAAUGCUUGUUAGGCAGUGCCUGAACAGUUUCUUCAUGACAAAUGUCUAUUUAGAUAAAAUAAACAUGACAAAUUCAA